AGAAGUUAUUGUAAUAUACACACAGAAAUAGAAAGGGCUAUAAGCUCCAAACAAUAGUUGUAUUUCAUCUGCCAUUUCUCAGUGGAAGGCUCAGCCUACUGUUUCUGUGGAACAAUUCCUUGAAAAGUUCCGUUUCAAACACCGUUGAACAGGAAAUAAGCACAGUGUGGAAAGAAGGAUGACUUCUCACAACAUGACGUGGAUCAGCUACCCAAGCAAGAGCCAGCCUUUUGUUUCCCCAGAAGAAAUCGAAGCUGUCAUAGCUUCUCAAAACAUCAUAUCCAGAGUUAUGCACUGUUACAUUGCCUUUUUUGUACCCACAGGAUUAAUAGCUGGCAUAUGUAUUUUGAUCAUUUUCAUAAAGAAUUAUUUUCAGAACAAAAGAGCAAGCUUGGACUUACUUCUUCUGUAUUUCACCAUCAGCAAUAUCAUAAUGAUUUUUUUUUCCUUUACUGUCAUCACUAGACCUGACUAUUUAACAGCAACCCACCUUGCCUGUAGCGUACUGUCAUUUUUUUUCAACUUUGGUUAUUUCAAUUCUCAGUAUGCUUUCAUUCUGACACUUCUCACACUAUUACUGGAGAGAUUUCCACCACAGACUGCUCUCUGCAAAGCCACCCAAAGACCCAUCUUGUGUGUUGGGCUUGUACUCACAUACACCUUCUGCUUGUCCCUGACGGAGGCAGUGCUGGUUGGCACUGAUAAUUAUCACCUGGAAGCACACUGCCAGUUGGAUCCAUUAUUUGCAUGGCCCGAAUAUGAGAUUGUUAAGUUCACCUUUGGGUUUGGAAUCCCGUCAUUGCUCCAAAUCCUCUGUUUUACUGUUCUGUGGGCUAAAGAAGCACCUGCUGGAGCUCCAGCCUUGCAGCAGCACAUGCGCGCUUACCCCGCCGUGUACGUGAUCAGCGUGACGAUGUUCAUCUGCCGCCUGUUUUAUAACGUCAUGAUUCUCUUCAGGACAGCACUGAAACUACAGAGGAGCAUUGGAACGGCAAAGAACGAGCUUGUGAUGAACACUGCAGAAAUAGUGUUGUUCUGUGAGAGCUGCGCUAGCUUGGUAGUUAUACUUUGUAUUCAUAAACCGUGCAGGGAUGAAGUACUUCAAGUCAUACAGAGGUGCAGAAGGAGAACCCGUGCCAGCAAUCACCUUGAAAUACCAGAAACAGCCCCGACCCAUCAAAGGGGGUCACAGUAAUACUAGCUCUUCUGAACAACUGUCAAUCCACUUUGCUUUUUAGCUUGUGGGUUUUGGUUUGGUUUUUUACUUCUUCAAAAAAAGGGCAAGUGUUCCUUCUUUAGAACCCAAACUUGGCCUAUCUUACAGCUAGCAGUACUGGAAGAAAAAAGAUGGUCAGUUCUAGUACUUACAGUGAAAUCUGUAAGAAAACUUCCAGGGUCUGGGGCUCUUUGGGGUUUUUUUUCAUAUAUACAUAUAUAUUUAAAUAAUCUAUUUUUCUGCAAGCCAUUGCUUCCAAGUCAGGUAGAAAGAUGAGUACUGUUGCCAAAGAACUGUGCUUCUGCAAUAAUAUCAAUGCCCUAGCAGAGCUGCAAACAAAAAUGUGGCAGGAAGCAACUUUGAACAAAGGUCAAAAUCUGUAGUCAGAGCAUUUUCUCAGGUGUAUUUCCUCCUUUGACUUCUUACCCUUCAAACUACUUAUUUCUAUAACACUGGUAUAUAACUGGUAUAUAUAAUUCUAGUGGCAGCAACAGUGAAGUUUUUGUCUGAAUUCCUGCACCAAAAAAAAGAGA